GAAAUUCCCUUUUUCAAUUCAGUUGUUGCAGCGAUUUCUUAGUUCAUAGAACAUAAAGGCAUUCUCAUUAAUAGAUAAUCCAAAUUUUAUUGUUUAUAAAAUGGCUACUGCCGCAAAUAACAACGGUUAUGAAGUUCUUAUUGAAUUACAAGCAAGUGUGGUCAAAGAUGAAAAUAGUUCACCACCAUUUUAUUUGAGUCGACCAAAAAUACAGAAGUUAUACGCUUAUCAACGUUUUCAAGCAAAUUCCAAUGAUGUCCGUUUACCAUAUUUCAUCGAGCCACGCUCAUAUCCAAUAGAUUUGAAUAAAGGAUUCGAGAAAUUUAUUUUUCGGCAACUUGCUGACUUUUCGAAAAUGUUGGAGACUACGCAAAAAUUUAUAGUGGACUCAGAAGAAAAUGUUCUACAACCGUAUAGGUCAGAAAAUCCAGAAACACACCAGUCUUUAAAAACAGAGGACGACGAAUCAUAUCAGCAACGACAAAAUUCAAAACGUAAAUUAGUUCUUAGCAACCGUGGAUGUUUAAGCAACAUCAUGAUUAUACCAUAUCGUUUGGUGGCAUCGAAAUAUAACGACAAAACAAUCUUUGCAACGCGUUAUUGUGGCGUUCUUCAUAUCUCUGACUACAGAUAUGAUAAUGACACUUCGAGAAUCAAUACAUAUCAUAGUAAAUUUCAACAAACUUGUUUCUCAGAUGAUCCUGAUCUGAUACCCGAUACCGAUGAACCUGUAAACGAGAAUGAUUACAUUCGUGGAAUCUUCCAUACCAACCUCAAAGAAUUCGAUUUAAUUUACUCUGGAGAACUCUCGGGAAUAGUCUCAAAUCAUAAGAUUGACGAUAUGCAAAAUAUGGAAAAUAUUAACAAAUUGCAGUUUAUCAGUACAAAACUACUUUGGAAUUCAGACCACUCGAAUUUUUGGAAACAUCCAAAAUGUUUAAACUGGUGGGCUACAUUAUAUUUGGCAAACACUUCAGAUUUAUGUGUAGGAUUGAAGGAUAGAGAUGGGGUCAUACGUACUCCUCUACAGAGGAAGCCAGUAAAAGAUCUACCAAAAGAUCAAUCUUGGAAACCGAAAAUUUGCAUUAGAUUCCUGCUGACCAUGCUAGAAUUGAUUGAAAAAAAUAUGUCUUCCGUUAAUUGUCCAUACACUGUUUAUGAAUUUGUGUAUGACUCAUUCGCAAAGUGUAUUAAAUUGAAAAAGCACAUUGGUAAAACGGAAUAUUCUUUUUUAAACGAAGAGUACAUAGAACGUUGCAGAAAACAAACAUCUGUGUCAUGUUAAUCAACCUAAAAGUGUCUGUACAUGUUAUGUUAUAUUAAUAGUGACAUCAAAUGUUAACUAAAUUUAAGAAAUAUGUACUUUUAUUAUAUUUGUACUGCAUAAAUUUGAAUAAAAGUUACAAAAUAACGGUAAAUAA